CGAAGCGGCGGCGAGAAGUUGGGGGGCGGCUUUAAAAAGGGGGGAGGACAUUGCCUGGAGCAGCGCAGGACCGGGGAAGGGGAGAGGGGGGAGAGCAUGGCUGUGAAUCCGGACGAGGACGAUGUGCCCCUCAUUCUGACCUCGGAUGAAGGCAGGAGCCAUGGGUCGGAGCGGGAGGUGGCACCGAGUGAAAAUGGAGGCAAUUAUGACUUGGUCCGUGAUUUGCCCCCCCGCCCCUCCGGGGGAUCCCUUCCUCCGAGGACCCAUGGAAGACACAACUGGGAAAUGAACUACCAAGAGUCGGCAAUCUACCUCCAGGAAGGAGAGAACAACGACAAGUUCUUCACACACCCCAAGGAUGCCAAAGCGCUGGCUGCCUACCUCUUUGUGCACAAUCAUUUCUUCUACGUCAUGGAGCUGAUCACUGCGUUGCUGCUCCUGCUGCUGUCCCUCUGCGAGGCGCCGGCCGUUCCCAUGCUCCGUCUUGGCAUCUAUAUCCACGCAACCCUGGAGCUGCUUGCCCUGACAGUCGUGGUGUUUGAGCUCUCCAUGAAAAUGAGAUGGCUUGGCUUCCACACCUACAUUCGUCACAAAAGGACCAUGGUCAAGACCUGUGUCUUGUUGCUGCAGUUCAUAGAGGCGAUCGUAGUGUUGGUCCGCCAGACCUCUCACGUCCGGAUCACAAGAGCUUUGCGAUGUAUCUUCCUGGUGGACUGCCGUUACUGUGGAGCCGUCAGGAGAAACCUGCGACAGAUCUUUCAGUCUCUCCCUCCAUUCAUCGACAUCCUCCUCCUCCUGCUCUUCUUCAUGGUCAUCUUUGCUAUCCUAGGCUUUUAUUUAUUCUCGCCUAACAAAUCAGAUCCGUAUUUCAACACCUUAGAGAACAGCCUUGUGAAUCUCUUUGUCCUUCUGACAACUGCAAAUUUCCCGGAUGUGAUGAUGCCAUCUUACUCCCGUAAUCCCUGGUCCUGCGUCUUCUUUAUUGUGUACCUUUCCAUUGAACUCUACUUCAUCAUGAAUUUGCUACUUGCUGUUGUGUUUGAUACAUUCAACGAUAUUGAGAAGAUGAAAUUCAAGUCCCUGCUCCUUCACAAGCGCACGGCCAUUCAGCACGCCUGUCGCCUGCUUGUCAGCAAACAGAGACCCUCUGGAAUUUCCUUCAAGCAGUUUGAUGGGCUGAUGCGGUUUUAUAAACCUCGAAUGAGCGCAAGAGAUCGUUACCUUACUUUCAAAGCACUGAAUCAAAGCAAUACCCCUUUAAUCAGUCUGAAGGAUAUGUACACUUUCUAUGAAGUUGUUGGUUUAAAAUGGAAGGCUAAAAGGAACCGUGAACAUUGGUUCGAUGACCUUCCACGGACAGCAUUCCUUAUUUUUAAAGGCAUUAACAUACUUGUCAAUUCCCGAGCCUUCCAGUACACUAUGUAUACUCUGGUGGCAGUGAAUGGCCUCUGGAUCUUAGUGGAAACUUUCAUGCUGCAAGGGGGAAUCUUCCCCCGGGAUGUUCCUUGGAGUUAUAUUGUCUUCCUUACAAUCUACGGCAUUGAGGUGCUGCUGAAGAUCACUGGAUUGGGGCCUAUCGAGUACCUGUCCUCUGGUUGGAACCUCUUUGAUUUUUCAGUCACCUUGUUCGCAUUUUUGGGUCUCCUGACGCUGGCCUUUGACAUGGAACCCUUCUAUUUCAUUGUUGUUUUGCGGCCUCUGCAGUUACUAAGGCUAUUUAAGCUGAAGAAACGUUACCGAAACGUCUUGGACACCAUGUUUGAACUGUUUCCCAGGAUGGCCAGCCUAGGCUUGACACUGCUCAUCUUCUAUUACUGUUUUGCCAUUAUUGGUAUGGAGUUCUUCUCAGGAAAGCUGUUCCCUAACUGUUGCAACACCAGCACAGUGGCCGAUGCCUACCGCUGGGUGAACCACACCAUAGGGAACAGGACCGUGAUGGAAGAAGGCUACUAUUAUCUCAACAACUUUGAUAACAUCUUGAACAGCUUUGUGACCCUCUUUGAGCUGACCGUUGUCAAUGACUGGUACAUCAUAAUGGUAAGUAGGACUCAGGGCACCAACCACUGGCUAUCCUCCCUGUCCUUCCCUCCUGCGCAGGUGGUGAUGACAAUCAUUGUAGCCUUUAUCUUGGAGGCGUUCGUGUUCCGCAUGAAUUACACACGAAAGAACCGUGAUUCAGAAGAAGACAGCGGCAUUGUCCUGGAGAGGGAAGUCUCCCGAGAAGAAAUGACUGCUGUCGCUGAAGUAUAUCGUAGGGGCGGCAGUGCGGUGGCUGCGGGCCAGCUGCUCAAGGUCAUUUCCCAGAUGGACAGGCACCGGCAAACGUCUAUGCUGUUCCUGGGACGGAGAUCAAGGACCAAAAGCGAUUUAAGCAUGAAAAUGUAUGAAGAAGAGAUACAGGAGUGGUAUGAGGAACAUUCCCGGAGAGAAGAAAGGCAGCUUUCCUGGACAGAGGAUGAUGAACUGCUCAAUCAGCCCUUGCAGCCUCCAGGCCUCCGCCAGCGCUCUCAGACCAUUAUCUAGGAACCCAACUAACAGGAGCUGCUUCUUUUCCAGUGUACUAACUGUCUCUUCCUUCUUAACUUCACCACGGAUGGGUUGCAUUAAUGCAUAAUAUAGCCUAGCAGAAGAACCUCUUCUGGAGUUUGCUGUAUUGGACCCUGCUGGGCACACUGGCCGAGAAGGCCCUAGAGGCAGGACUUAAGGCCUUUCUCGAGGCCCAGAACCCCAUACAAGGAAAUGUGGGCAGCAGGGGUCAGCCUGAGCCUGGGAAUUCCCGACCUGGGCCCCACAUGUCACCAGACUUCACCUCCUAGACACAUGGCCAAUCAUGGUCAGGAAUUCUGGGAGUUGACAUCUGGGACCCCACGUGCAGGGGGGCCACUGCCAGGGCCUAUAGGUCUAGCAUUCUGUCCAGGACAAGAUAGGGAUUUCAAGCUGUCUUGUCUCCAUAAACGAUCCCCCAAGUCCUGCGCUAUUCGUAUGCCUGGCAGUAACUUUUCAGAGGUGGAGUGUAUCUGCCACCCUGCAGAGUUUGGGCAACUUGCUACCAACCUUUACUGCCUGUUGUUCCAACCUACGGUAUCAUGGGGUUUGCAGUUUGGUGAGGUUUUAAGAAUCUUCUGCUAGGGAGGCUCAAAUGCGCUCUCCUGCAUUGUGACAAGAGAGUUCUAAGCACUCCAUCGAACUACAGAUCCCAGAAUUGCGUGGGCAAUCAAUUAAAAAAGUGGACAUGGCACUGCUCUAAUUGUAGAGGUCUUAGAUACAUUCCAACCUCCAUGUGUUAGAUGGUUGGCAUCAUCAGCUUACCAGCACCCUCUUAAGAGCAUGAGCAUCUCGAUGCUGCUUUCUAAUCUCUGUCCUCAAUGGAGUGGGUUCUAUAAUACAACCUGUAAAAGACACUGUAAGGGACACUGUUUCCCUUAACAGCUCUGUAACAGAAAAGGGUUUCUGGUAAGAUGACAUGGCUGCAGAACAUUCUCUUGCCCUGUCUUCCAAAUAAAAUUUAUUCCUUAUACUUAGUUUUUUUUACUGAAACAUGGAAACCCUUUAAACUUAGGAAUUUCCUCUAGGGAGCAGCUUUAUAACUGCAGCCAAGAAAGAGGAAUGUAUGAAGCAACCCCUUCCCACGGCCAUGUAUUAAAGCAAUAAGACGUUGACCAAAAAAGGGGUGGGUGGGGAACACUGUCACUUUGCAGCCACUGGACCGUGGAGCCCAUGUUGACCUUGAUCCCUCGUUAGCCUCUUUGGCAAAAUUUCAACCUGGUAUUAAUUUUCAGUUCUCCCUGCCGGCUUUCCUCCAAACAAGAGAAAAAUAACAGGUGACUCAAGAGGGUGGCAGAGCUCCAGAGUUCUUUGGGCGACGAUCCUUAGCGGCCUGUAGGGCUUGCAUGAAAUGAGGAGAACUCGAUCCUCUUCCCAUGUCCCUGUUUGGCACUGAUUUCAAUCUGAAUCAUAGAAUUCCUUGCUGGCUAGAAGUCUUUGAUCCUGUUCUGCCCCCUGCUAUUUAAGACAGACACACUCCCCCAAAUCCCCGUAGCGAUUAAAAGUCAGUCCGGAAUAUUGGUCGAUGUAGUUCUCCUGUUGCUCCAGGCUUUCUGCCACAGCGGUGCCAGGUGGUAAAUGAGAGAGACAGAAUUUCCUGGGGAAGAGUAAACAGAUGGGUAGGGAGGUCAUCUGUCCACUGAAAGCAUGUAUUGGUUUAGAAUAAGCCCGGCUAUUUCCCAGGGUUGGAAGAUCAGUGUGUCUUAUUUGGAGCAAAUCUGAAAACCUUGGACUGGAUAACAUGAAAAACCUUAGAUGCUGUAGCUCCCAUCAUCCCUGACUGCUAGCUAUUUUACCUAGGGGAUGAUGACAACUGCAAUCCAACAGGCCUCUACAGCAGUGGUUCCCAACCUUGACCCCCUCCAGAUGUUCUUGGAUGACAAUCCUAGUAAUCCUGAGCAGCAUACCUAGUGCUGAAGGCUUCUGGGAGUUCUAGUCCAAGAACAUCUGGGGACUCAAGGUUGGGAAGCACUGCAGGGCGACCAAGGUUCCCCAGCCUGACAGAUGCAACAUUUGCAAGUCGAAUCCUAUAGUACUGUAUCUGUGUGUCAUAUCCCUGAUGAGCUGAAAGAACGGGAAGAGCUUUAACCAAACUGUUCAGGAGAGAUCCCUCCAUCGCACAAAUUUUGGUGCCAGAAUAAUAUGUUAGCCUGAACGCCACCUCUAUCCAGGCAAAGGCUGAAGCUUCGGUCUGCUGUCUGUUCUCGGAAGCGGCCUCUGCUUUCGACCCUCCUUAACGAAGAAGUAAAAUUGCCGAACUGGACGAGGCAAGAAUGCUAGAAAAUUUAGAGGCAGCUAAAAUGGAAACGAGGGUUCUAGCCACAGCCCCCUCCCCUGUUGGAAGUAUUAAUGCACCAACCUUUGAAAGCCCUCACCUCAUUCCUUCCGCACCCCCCCCCCCAAUGCCUAUAAUCUAUUUAAUGGGAAAUAAAUUCUGAUCUUGCUUAGGUAAAGAGAGGCGUUUUCUGCCUCUUACGAGACCACUGCCUAGCCAAAGGAGUAAACCUGUGUAUAGCCUUUUGGGGCCAGAGAUUAGAGACGGCAGCCUUAGGACGGCUGUGCUUUUCCCGGCCCGCUGAGCGCAGUUUCAAACUUCAUUAUUGACAGUGCAUAGGAGCCUGGCCGAAGAGCAGCGAGAGGCUUCUGGGACGACACAUACACACUGAAGACCCUCUCUGUAUGUUCUGGAGUCAAUACAUGCUUCCUUGGCUGAAUCACUAAUUAACUGAAUCGUCUCAAUUUGCACUGUAUCUUUUUGGGUGUGUAUGUGUAUGUUUUUAAAACAGAUAAGCUAAUGAUAAUUUCAGAAGCUAAUUUCUUCCACUCGUCUUACAGACCGGAAGGAAAACAAACCUCUGUAUGGGGCAUCCCCUUCUAACGAUCAUCUCCUAAGCUUCCUUUUGACACUCUUUAACUCCAAAGACAAUCAUGUGUUAGGAAUGGAACACUUGGAAGGUUUUGUAUGCUGGAAGUUUGUAUGGCAAAUGUAAUGAAGAUAUCUGAAACAGUAUUAUAUAGACGUUUGCAGACACAUUUAAAUAAACCUUUUAAAGCAGUA